AUGACGGGCAUCAAUCAUUUGAACGUAUACUCCGGGCCAGACUCUGUGAGAAAAUACUUUGAUCCAGAAUGCCAACCACCACUGCCGCUGGUCGAGAUCCCAGAAUGCCUCAACCCCUACAGGGCCGAUGGCGUGCGCAUCUACGCCAAGAUGAUGUCGAUGCAUCCGGCAACCAAUGUCAAGGUCAUGCCAGCCAUGAAUCUGCUGGAAAAGUGCAUUGACAAGGGGAAAACCACUACCGUGGUGGAGAGCUCGUCCGGAUCAACCGUCAUUUCCAUGGCAAUGGUCGCCCGAGCCUUUCACGGCAUCAACGACGUGCAUGCGUUCCUGAGCAACAAGACGAGCGAGACCAAGCUGCGCCUGAUGCAGUUCUUCGGCCUCAACGUAACUCUCUUUGGCGGCCCGGCUCAACCAACGCCCGUCGAUGAGCGAGGAGGUAUUCGUGCGGCUUCCCGCAAGGCCGCCGAGUCGGAAUCUGUGUGCAGUCCCAACCAGUACCAGAACGAUGACAACUGGAAAGCCCAUGUCCGCUGGACCGGACCGCAGAUCCAUAAACAGUUGCCCAAUAUCAAUGUUAUUGCGGCUUCUAUGGGCACAUCCGACGGACCAGGCACCAUGACUGGUCUCGGCACUUACUUCAAGCAAGCCAAACCGUCGGUUUACCGAGUUGCCGUCUGUACGAAUGCCGGGGAACGAGUCCCUGGGCCCCGGGAGUACUCUCUCAUGAACGAAGUCAAGUUCCCCUACAGGGCCGCCGUCGACGCCCUGGAGGAAGUCGGGGCAAAAGAGUCGUACAGCCUCUCCUUAGAUCUCACCAGACAGGGCAUCGUGUGCGGGCCGUCUUCCGGCUUCACCCUGCAGGGCCUGUUUCAGCGUCUGGAGAAGAAGAAGCAAGAUGGAAGUCUGUCGCAACUGGCCGGCUCCGACGGCGAAAUCAACUGCGUCUUCAUCUGCUCGGACCUGCCCUACCAGUACCUGAACGAGUACUUUCAGAAUCUCGGGCCCGAAAAGUUUAGCCCCCUGAAGAACGAGAGACUUCGAAACGUCGAUCUCUACCGAUACGACGACGCGUGGGAGAGAGGCGCGCUCGACGCCUUGGCCGACUUCUUCGCCAUCCAGCCCACGGCAAGCAACUGUACUGUGCUCUCGCUUGCGGCCGGCGGCCCGCGGGAGCUGGGGAAGCAUCUCGCCGCCAGGCCGAAUACCCAGGUCCUCGACUUUCGCCGCGCCGCCGAUUUCGACGCCUUCCACCUGCCCAACUCGGUCAACGUUCCUCUCGAGACUCUCAGGGACGGGGCGGCUCGCGGCAGUCCCUUUGCCCACCCGGUGGACGACGGCACCAUGCUGGAAGAACUGUGGCUCGAGCUUGAGGCUAUCUUCACUGCACGGGACAAGGACGGGAAGAGGAACCCGGGCGCCGAGGCCCUGAUGGGCAUUUUGAGGAACAAGAAGGUCCUGACCAUCUGCUACGAUGGUGAUAGUGCUAGGGUUGCAAACAGCGUGCUUCGCCACAGGGGCAUUCGGGCGGACAGCAUUUCGGGAGGGAUCGCGGCCCUGUCAAAGGUCCAGCUUCCCAAUGCCGGUGCCGCCCAGCAAGCAAGUCAUGUUGUCUCUGUUGAAGCCUAA